AUGGAAGAUCUGGAUGAGGCCCAUUGCUCUCUGGAGGCCUUCUGUGUGGAAUGUGAGAUUCUGUACGAUCCGGAUCUCCUUUCGCCAAAUAUGCAUCUCCAUUUGCGUCUAAAGGAGACAAUCGUCAGUUUUGGGCCAGUGUAUGGCUAUUGGUUGUUUAGCUUUGAGAGGUUCAAUGGCGUCCUCAAGAACUAUGCUACUAAUCGGAGGGAUGGCUUUGAGGCCACUUACAUGAGAAGAUACCCGGAAGAUGCGUAUAAGAGUGACCUUGCUCGUGCCAUCAUUUCUUGUAUCCGCCCAUCUCAUGCUGGUCGUCUCGUCGAACUAAUUGGUUCAUCUGCUUCAUCUGCUUCCUCUCCUUUUGUACUUGAUGAUUUCAUCGCAUCUGCAAACGGAAACUUUGAUAUCACCAAAGGUAAUGAGCCUCUACCGCCGUCUACUUUUCCAUUGGAGCUGGAAAGGGAAACCAGUAUGAAGGAAUCCGAGUAUCUGAACUUGUUGGCGUACUACUGGGAGACGUAUGAUGACCAGGCCCUCUGCCAUUAUCGCCAGCCUGGACCAGAUCAAAAGAUGGUCAAUAAUAGGAUUCAGAAAAUGAAAUCGAUUCAUCUUCUGGGACAGGUGUACAAAGGUGGUGAUGGUAUGGCCAAGCGCGGAUCAUACAUCCAGGCCCUUUUCCGAACAAGUGACGACAGAUUUAUCAAUGCAUAUACUGGGCAGAUACAGUACCUCUUUGUGAACACUGCCACAAACUCGUUUGCUGGCCAUUCGAGUCGGCAUGUGUUUGCAUACGUGAACUAG